AUGUCACCCUGCUACUGCCUUUCCCUUCCUUUCUCCUUCUGCUUCUCCCUGCCCUUACCCUUCGCCAAAUACACAUCCCUCCAAAUCUCUUUUACUUCAUCGACGGCUCUCUGCGAUCCAUCAUACGCGGCAUUGAUGGGCAUGACUUCGAAAUCUCCGGCCGCAUCCGUCCAACACCUCCCUGAAACCCUCGAAAAACGCCUCCACCACCUAGAGAUUGGAUAUCUUUGGGUCGAAGACAAACUCGACAAGGCAAAGGUCAACAUUGCAGGGGUUCAAGAUGAAUUCACGGUAGCAGGAGUGGAAGGCACCCUCGAAGAUGAAGUCGACGCCGACAGAAAACACGACCCGUACCGUGCGGGAUACGCUCCAUCCAGCAAUGGUCUGACGGACGAACAUGGAUAUCUUGGAAAAUGCAUUCAUUCCUUGAUUCCUUCGAGCCAUAGGCGAGUAUUAGGAGCUGACAUGAUGAAUCAGGAGGGCAAGGAAACGUACCUGGUAGAACACAUAUCUGGUUCACUGCUUGUGUGCGAUCGCGGCAACCCAGUACUUCAAGUUCCCUCGCCAGACCAUCCCCUGUACAGCGGUUUCAGUGCGAAACGACUCGGGCCUGAGUAUGAAGAUUAG